AUGCACGGCGACGCAGCAAGCCAAUGUGGCGAUGGCCCUCGGGAAUACCAGCAUAACUUUCCUCGGCAGUAUGAUGCGGUUCCAAUGAGCAAUGUUCAUCGACGUGAUGCUUCCGCGGAUGGAACAGUACCGUUGAUUAAGUCAGCAGACGGUACUGGUAGCCUCUCUGUGGAAAAGCGCAUAUGGGAGCAUGCUGGUCCGUCCGAGACUGAGUUUUACGAUUGCCAGAAACAAGACUUCCAGGGGAUAGAUGACCGCAAGGAGCCAGACUACAAGCCAUCAGCGCUCAGGUGGCCGUUCUUGAGCCUUUUGUUGCUUGCUUUGGUUGCUCUAUUGAGCCUUCUAGCAUACGGUCUUCAUGUACUUCCUGUCAAGGACAUUGGUAUUAUUGCGAUGGUGGAAGGACAAGAUGACUUGAUAAGGCGACAAACUGGCCCGUUCCCAGGUAGUGCAAUACCAGCGGUCGUGACAAGUCCCUCGAGAACAUCUACAGCACAUCACAAUUCCGCUCGGACUACGCAGAAUCUCACAACCACUAUGCAAAUCACCACAACGGGUGCUUAUGGCGAUGUUGACAAAUCCAUCACUCCGACUUCAGCCGCAUCGCCAGCGUCUGAUGCCUUUGGAGACGUCGACAUAACCGUCACAGAACCUAUUACAACCUCGACCACUACUAGCGCAUUUGAGAAUGUCGAUACGACAGUAAAGGGUGCUUUUGGAAACGUUGAUAAAACCAUCACGGAGCCUAUCGCAUCCUCGACUGCGGCUGAUGCAUUUGGAAAUGCUGAUGAAACCAUAAGUAUAACAAGUCUCUUGACUAAUACAGACGCUCAUGGAAACGUUGGCCAGACCAUGACAGUCUCGGACGGCACACCGACGUUGGCUUAUAUACCGGCUGCUGUCACAACGUUAACUAACUCGGCUGGACUCCCAACAUUAACGUCCACAAGCACUCCUACCGCUAUCACGAUUCCGACAAUUACAACACUAACCAACUCGGCUGGAGUUGCCACCGCUACUAUGGUCACGAGCGUCCUUGCAACUCCUAUUGUUAGCACGCUGACGGAUAGUGCUGGCGUUGCAACCACAACUGUGACAAAAUAUCCCGUCAUGCCAUCGUCCACCUCAGUCGCUCCUCGUGUAUACUAUAUCAGCUCUGCUGAGUACUUUGUCGGUUUCUGCCUACCAACCCUGCUGACGACCCUCGUGGCCAUCCCCAUCCGGAUUCUUGAUUUGAACGCCAAGUUAUUUCAGCCUUGGCACGAACUUACACAUACAUCCGGGGCCACGGGUCGAGAGUCGCUGUACCUGCCUACCGGCGGGUUGGAAGCCGAUUUCAAUGGCUUGCGAUCACUAUUUGGUGGACAAGCACUCGUGUUUCUCACUACAGUCCUUUUGCUAUGCUCUUCGCUGUUAACACCCCUCUCAGCUGAGGCCGUCGUCCUCCACCUCCGAGGGAAUUGUCCUCCAGGGUCCGCAAAAGGCUGUACUUACGAGCUUGGCAUCUUUUCACAGCCCGCGAAGGCGACUAUUGUUUUGCUUGGCAUCAUGUGUUUCACAGUCAUAUUGCUCAUCAUCUUUCUAAUGAGGUGGAGGACUGGCGUCAAGACGAACCCAUGGAACAUCAGCGGCAUUGCAGGACUGACGCAGAACGGACAUGUGAGAGCAUUGUUCACGCAUCAUCUUCAGAGUAGCGUCAGCUCUGGAAAGUGCACAGAGAAGUCACUGAAGCUUAUUAUUGCCGACAGACGAUUCAAGCUGGGAUGGUUCCAAAACGAUAGUGGGCAGAUGGAGUACGGCGUAAUGCUGUACGACCAAGACUCGGAAGGUAGUCCGCUUCACACUGACGACGCAGGUCUGCCAGAGGCUGAAGGAUUUGAGAAUUCGACAAGAUCUCGAAACAACUUACCGUUCAUGCUGGGCUACGUUGGGAGAUUGAUCUUCCUAUCUCUUCUAUCAGGGUUACUGGGGCUGAUUUUGUACUACAACAAUACUGGUGAUGACACAGGGUUCGAGAGAUUCAUGGACAGCCAGUCGUUUGGCACAAAAUUCCUAUUCACCAGUGUUGGAGUUGUCAUCACCCUCUUCUGGUCAUCAUUUGUCGGCAGUAUCGCCAUCAUAUCCCCCUACCAACUCCUCGCAAAGCAGCCGCAGCUAGCGGAACGAUCCAUCCUGCUUUCGCUCCCUACGAACUCCUUCAGCAGUGUCACAUCUGGCUUUCGCCGCCGACAUCUUCUCCUCGCGGUUGUUGGGUUAACAGCGAUCCUCUCGGAGUUCCUCACGAUCUUUCUGUCGAACAUCCCUUAUAGUGUCACACAAACAUGGCUUGCAUCACGGGUGUGUGCCUGGGGAUCUAUCAGUAUCCUUGCUACCAUGGUACUUGUCGUGGCAGGCAGCUUCUUGGUCAGGUGGCCUCAUAUGCCUGUGAAUCCGAGCACCAUCGCCGGUGCAAUGUACUACGUGUGCGACAGCUGGAUGCUGAACAACUUAGAGCAUAUCAGCAUGCUGAACAGGAACGAGCGUGACUGGAGGGUCAAAACCAUGGACCUGAAGUACCGACUGGGAAAACAUAUUGGACAGACUGGUGCUGUGAGAGUCGGAGUAGAUAGGGUUGAUGGAGAAGUCCUCAUCUGA